GUCUGUUAUUGUGGUCUGUGUCUAUGCUUAGUUGGCUUUCCGCACGCCGGGGGUGACCAAAAAGGACUGGGCUUGGGCGUUUGGGCCAACUAAGCCAGUUCAAGUCAUUCAGUUGCGGAAACUCUUUCUGUUCACCACUGCUUUCUCCGACUUCUCGCCAUUCCCCCCCUGCCUACCUCGUCUCAUUCGUAUUGACCAAAGCAAUUCUUCUUUCAUCUUUAUUGCCCGUCGUCGUCGCCACGAGCUACAUCUUUUUGCUACCUCUAUUCUGCUACCCAGCCUAAGUUUGUGUUUACUAUUCCUUCCUUCUACAUCCAUUUCCGCCAUCCACUAGACUUUCCAACAUGAGUCCCCUCCAAUUUCCUAUUGAUGCGAUCACCUCGCGAUUCGGUGACCGUUUCAACAGUGUUCGCUCCCAAUCCUUUAGCACGCGCUUCGCUAACCUCCGUCCUGUUUCCGAAUUCCUGGAUGUCAAGCGUAUCUCAAAGCCCGCCAACUUUGGCGAGGUUCAGAGCCGAGUGAACUACAACUUGUCUUAUUUCUCGAGCAAUUAUGCUGCCGUCUUCGUGAUGCUUAGCAUCUAUAGCUUGCUGACCAACCCGGUCCUGCUCUUUGUUAUCAUCUUCGUGACAGGUGGUCUUUACGGAAUUGGCAAGCUCCAGGGCCGAGACCUCGAUUUGGGCGUUGCCCGCUUCAACACCUCCCAGCUGUACACUGGGCUGCUACUUGUCGCGGUCCCCCUAGGAUUCUGGGCCUCGCCCAUUGCUACUGUGCUCUGGUUGAUCGGAGCCACCGGCGUGGCCGUCUUUGGUCACGCCGCUUUCAUGGAUAAACCAAUCGAGAAUGCUUUUUCCGAGGAGGCGGUCUAG